AUGCCCAGCCUCGCGACAAUCGGCGCCAUCCUGGUGCCGUCGUCCCUCCUGAUGGGCUUCGCCGCCUCGACGAUGUCCUUCACGGCCUGGAACAUGAUCUGCCCCCUGCUCUUCUCGGCCUUCGGCUUGCCCGUCUUCCAGUCGCUCUUUGUGUCGGUCAUGCUCGAUGUCUUCAACGGCCUCACCCUGACCAUCAUUUAUGGCAUGAAUGGCAAGGUGGUGCUGACCCAAGUGCGUAGAGGACCACACCCGGACUGCCGGCCGGCCGGACACGGCGAGCGCCUCGGCCGCUCGGGUGCUCAGCGCAUCGCGCACUGGUCGGCCACGAAAGCCACACCGCGCAUCACGGGCCUUGGCAAAGAUGUCGAAGUGCACGCCAUCGGGCGGCUCCAGGCCCGGGGCCGGCGGACUGCGCAACCACAUGCCCAGUUCACGAGCCGCCUCGGCAAAUGGGCCGGCUUUGGCUGGGAUCUCAUCGUGGCCGUGGGCGGCCGUGGGCGGCCGCGGCCGCGGUCGCAAAAGCCACCCUUCCGGGAAGAGGAGGAUGUCAUUCGGGUGAAACAGCGCAUGCCCGGCACCCGGGCCCUGGCAGGGUGA